CAUAGAACAAGCGAUGUAGCUGGCUUGAUUUGUUUCGCGAGGCGAGCUGUAGUUUCUUUGCUUACUGCGUGUGUCCCUCAAUCGUCAACUGCAGAUUGAUAGAAACUUAUCAAAUAGAUACAAUGUUAUUCUAAGCAAUCGGCAUGUGCGCCUUUAGUGCAUGGUAAAACAAUAGGCUACAUCAAAGUAGUUUUCUGGAUGAAACGGGAGUGUUUUUGUCGUUGCUCAGAUCAAGCUAGUUGUGACCUGAUAGUCGGGAUCGUCUUUGUGUCCUCUCUCGUGCGCUUUAAUUGAACUGUUUUAUUUUUAUUUUUUUUAAAUAAAAACGGUUUUAUUUUAGUUGAGGAAAACUUUUUUGGAAGAUGUUUCUACCCGCUGUUGUACAUAAGUUGGCUAGUAUUUUUUGUGUGUGCACAUUUAAAGGAACGAUGUGGGAGUCAAUGAAGGUGUUAGAGCAGUGAUGUCACAGAGCUGAAGACAUUUCCUGUCAAUAUGGAGUCUGGAGAGCGGCUGGCCUCCCCCGCGCCCCCCACCCUGCCCACCGCUCGCACCUCCUCCCCUGCUGCCUCCUCCUCCUCUUCCUCCUCCUCGUCCUCCCCGGCUCCCCACUCCAAGAGCAGUCUGGCCCCCAGCCCUGCAGCCUCACUGGGAUUUACCCUCAGCACCUCUGGUCGUUUGUAUGGGGCGAUGAGCAACCAGCAGCCCUACACGUUGUCAAGCCACCCAGCCUUCGGCCUGUACACCACCAGCUCAGGACGCCCAGAGUUUGGAGGCCUGGGGUCGUUGGGGUCCCUGGGUUCUCUGGGGUCCUUGGGGAUGUCUGCUGCCCUGGCCGCACACCCCCAGCUGGGAGCUCUGACAGAAUGGUGGCGAGCAGCAGAGGCCCACAGUAGGGGGGCAGCAGCCUUCCUCCCCCCGUUCCUGGGCCUCCCCACAAUGUUCACUCCCCAUAUCCAGCAGAACCACAGCCCCCUGCAACCCCCCUCCAGGACCCCCAGCAAAAACGGACAGAUCCCCAAAGGGGUGAACGGGGCAGUGAACGGAAGUGGGGUCUCCUCCCCAACCAUGCAGGGGUCUUACUCCAUGAACGCGUCCCCAUCUCUGGGUGCCUCCCAGUCUGUUAAGGGCCCCAAGGCCAGGGGCCCCAGGAGCAGCCCUCAAAGCCAGAGCCACACAGCAGAGCUACAGCAGGAGAAAGUAGCCCGCAAACCUAAAGACAAGAAGCCCAGUAAAAAGCCAGCAGAGGUCGCUGGGGUCAGUGACAGCGAAUCAGGCUCUUCCUCGGACAGCUCCAGCAACGGAGCCAUCAGCAGCGACCUGGAGGACCUUGGAGGGGAAGAGGACGACGACGAUGAUGAUGACGACGAUGAUGAAGACGAGGAAGAGGACGGAAAGUGUGAGGCGUGGAACUCUGAGAAGGAGAAGGCGAGGCGGGCGAAGAAAAAAUGAAGAUCGGGACACUAAGCUCGGGCAUGAAGGAGGCCCAAGACAAGAGGAACAGCCUGCCCCACAGUCUACCCUCCAACCCCCCCACCCUGGUCCCCUCACAGCACUGCCCCUCUCCUCCUACCCUGUCCCAGAGCUCCCCCCUGUCCCUCCAGACCUCCCGGCCCAGGGAGGAGGGUCUCCAGCAGCACCUCAGUGUCAUCCAGUCCACGGGCCUAGCAGCCAGCUCCAAGCCCCUGGCCCUCCUCACCCAACCCCGCAGGGAAACCUCCC